AAUUUUUCAAAGUCCUGCCUCAAACAUCACACCAACUCAACUCACUUGUACCAUUGCAAUAUUCCAAACCCAAAAUGAGAAAACUGAUUGUUACCUCUGUUUUCUUAACAUGCCUCUUGCUUGCAGCUUCCCAGCAACAAUAUUUCUCCCCCAAAGUCAUGGUUCAAGCUAUUGGAUCAGUUGAAUUCAAUGCUAGAACUGCACAACCUAGCUCAAGGGCACAUACGGGGAAAGUUUUCCCUACUUGGGUUGAGUGGAAGAAACUUCGCAAAGCUCCAUCUGGGCCCAACCCUGUGGGAAAUCAAUACCCUCCAUCUAGGCAUUGAAUGGAAGCAACUCUUUGUUUCUUCAGCUAAGGAGUAGAGUUUUCCUUUUAGUUUUUACGAAGUUAGAUCAAUGUAUUCAUGCACGUUGGAGAAACCCAGAUCCUUAGGUUAUUGUGCAUGUACAAAAAUGGAUUUUACUUUAAGAUUCAUUUGUCUGAAAGCAGUUGUAACAUAGACAUUGCUACUUCUUAAUUAACUCUUAAUCUUUCAUGAUUCUAGCUGUCUAACCAACUACAAAACCCACAGAACUGUUAAUUUAA